AUGAAGCUGCGAGAGCUUCUGGACGUGAGCACCCUGGUGGGGAAGAUGGAGAACAGGAUGCUGACGGUGGUGAGCGGACCAGACAUGGUCAACAUCACAUAUCUCAACUUCAUGGCCUUCCAGGAGGAGAUCGCCAAGGAGUGGGCAGAAGAGUUGUUUGGCCUGGCGUCUAACCUACUGGCCCAGAACAUGUCCAGGGAAGCAUGCCUGGAGAAAGUAUACACACGACUGAAGCUACAGCUCAACUCUGAGGGAUGCAUCCCCGUCAAGAACAUCUUCAGGAUGUUCUCAGCAGACAGGAAACGAGUAGAGACAGCUCUGGAGAACUGCAACCUCCCUUCUGGACGGAGUGAUUGUAUCCCACAAGAAGACUUCACUCCAGAGCUCUACAAAGUGUUCCUCACCAACAUCUGUCCUCGACCAGAAAUAGACAAUAUCUUCUCUGAAAUUGGAGCUAAAAGCAAACCCUACCUGACAGUGGAGCAGCUGACUGACUUUAUAAACGUCCGACAGAGAGACCCUCGUCUCAACGAGAUCCUCUACCCUCCUCUCAAACCUGAACAGGUUCAGAGCCUGCUGGACAAGUAUGAACUCAAUGAAAUGCUGGCGCAGAAAGGUCAGAUCUCGGUGGACGGCUUUGCCAAGUACCUGAGUAGUGAAGAGAACAGCAUCAUCCCCCCCGAGAAGCUGGACCAGAGUGAAGACAUGACCCUACCACUGCCUCAUUACUUCAUCAACUCCUCCCACAACACAUACCUCACAGCGGGCCAGCUGGCAGGUAGCUCGUCGGUAGAGAUGUACCGGCAGGUCCUCCUGUCAGGUUGUCGCUGUAUCGAGCUGGACUGCUGGAAGGGACGCACCACCGAAGAAGAACCUGUCAUCACACACGGAUUCACCAUGACAACUGAAAUCUCCUUCAAGGAAGUGAUUGAGGCCAUAGCAGGGUGUGCCUUCAAGACCUCCCCUUUCCCUGUCAUCCUCUCCUUUGAGAACCACGUGGACUCGCCCAAGCAGCAGGCCAAGAUGGCGGAGUACUGCAGGUCAAUAUUUGGAGACAUGUUACUGACCGACCCUCUGGAGAAGUACCCUUUGGAGACAGGGGUGCCCCUGCCCAGUCCAAUGGAUCUGAUGGGAAAGAUUCUGGUGAAGAACAAGAAGAAACACAUCAAGACAUCGAGUACCAAGAAGAAACUGUCAGAACAGGCCUCCAAUACCUACAGCGACUCAUCUAGUGUGCAUGAGCCCUCUUCUCCCAGCGCAGGGUCGACCAACCAGGAGAUGACAGAGUCCUCCCAGCCGAUAGAGGUCGCUGGGCUCAGCCUCAGAUCACAGGGAAGGAAGUCCAUCGGUGAAGUUGAGGCAGAGAGUGACGAUGAGGAUGAUGAUGACGAUGACUGUAAAAAGGGGUCCAUGGAUGAGGGUACAGCGGGCAGCGAGGCGUUUGCCACAGAGGAGAUGUCCAACCUAGUCAGUUAUGUCCAGCCAGUCAAAUUUAACUCCUUCGAGGCCUCCAAAAAGAUCAAUCGGAGCUAUCAGAUGUCAUCGUUUGUGGAGACCAAAGCCUUGGAGCAGCUCACCAAGUCACCUGUGGAGUUUGUUGAGUAUAACAAGCUGCAGCUGAGUCGUAUCUACCCUAAAGGCACCAGAGUAGACUCCUCCAACUACAACCCUCAGCUCUUCUGGAAUGCGGGCUGUCAACUGGUGGCCCUGAACUUCCAGACCAUAGACCUGUCCAUGAUGUUGAACCUGGGUAUGUAUGAGUACAAUGGAAAGUGUGGUUACAGGCUGAAACCAGAGUUCAUGAGACGACCAGACAAACACUUUGAUCCCUUCGCUGAGAGCACUGUGGACGGCAUCGUAGCCAACACAUUGUCUGUUAAGAUCAUCUCAGGCCAGUUCCUGACCGAUAAGAAGGUGGGGACGUAUGUGGAGAUAGACAUGUUUGGUCUGCCGGUGGACACCAGAAGGAAAGGUUUUAAGACCAAGACGUCUCAGGGCAACGCUGUCAACCCUGUCUGGGAGGAGGAGGCCUUUGUCCUCAAGAAGGUGGUACUGCCCACACUGGCCUCGAUGAGGAUAUCUGUGUUUGAAGAUGGAGGGAAGUUCAUUGGCCAUCGCAUCAUUCCUGUGAAUGCCAUCCGCCCAGGUUAUCACUACAUUGGUCUGAGGAAUGAGAAGAACCAGGCUCUGACCCUCCCUGCUUUGUUUGUCUACGUAGAGGUCAAGGACUAUGUCCCUGAUACAUUUGCAGAUGUCAUCGAGGCAUUGUCCAAUCCCAUCCGUUACGUCAACCUGAUGGAGCAGAGAGCCAAUCAACUGGCAGCUCUCACUUUGGAGGAGGGGGCAGAGGAGGAGGACAGCAAAGAGGUGGAGGCGGCUGGUGAUGAUCCAAUGGAGCCUGACCCCCGGGUGACCUUGCCAGCAGAGAACGGGGUCAGCCACGCCCCCAUCAUCUCCUCCAAACCCCCCAGCCUGGUCAGCCACCAGCCACAGCCCACAGGUUCAGUGAAAACUGCAGUGAAGACUGAGGAUGUCAUUCAGAGUGUUCUCACAGAGAUGGAGGCCCAGACAGUAGAGGAGUUGAAGCAGCAGAAGGGCUUUGUGAGGGAGCAGAGGAAGCAGUAUAAAGAGAUGAAGGAGUUGGUAAGGAAACACCACCGUAAGACCAGCGAGAUGAUCAAGGAGCACACGGCCAGGGCUGCAGAGCUGCAGAACCAGCACCAGCGCAGGACCUCCGCGCUGCAGAAGAGCCACAAACGUGAUGGUAAGAAAAGCAGGUCGGAGCAGUCCCUGUCGACCCUGGAGCAGGAGCUGUGUGUGUUGGACCAGGAGUCCAGUCAGAGACUGUCUGAGCUGAAGGAGAAGCAGCAACAACAGCUACUCACACUGAGACAGGAGCAGUAUUACAGUGAGAAGUACCAGAAGAAAGAACACAACAAAAUGCUGUUGGAGAAGUUGACAACCAUAGCCGAGGAGUGUCAGAGUGUCCAGCUGAAGAAGAUCAGAGACAUCUGUGACAAGGAAAAGAAAGACGUGAAGAAGAAGAUGGACAAGAAAAGACAGGAGAAGAUUAAUGAAGCAAAGGCCAACAACAAGAACGUGACAGAGGAAGAGAAGCUGGAAAUCAACAGGUCAUUUGUCAAUGAGGUGGUGCAGUAUAUCAAACGGUUGGAGGAUGCUCAGAGUAAGAGAAUGGAGAGACUACUUGAGAAGCACAAGGACAUCAGACAGCAGAUUGUGGAUGAGAAACCCAAGGAAGGAGGAUCCCCAGAGGACCAGGGUAAGACAUUCUGCAUCUGUGUGCAUUAA